AAGACAUAAUAUAAAGAACUAAAAUACUUAGAAUAUACUGAAGUUUUAAAAAAUAUAUGUAUGUGCUGAAAUCAAUGAGUUAAUGAUACUUUUUAAAAAAUUAGUCACUAUUGGGAGAUGCUAAGGCAUCUGCUUUAUUAAGUGAAAAUGAAGGCAAAGGGUGCACCUGGCUGGCUCAGUCGGUACAGCAUGUGACUCUUGAUCUUGGGGUUGUGAGUUCAAGCCCCACACUGGGCCUAGAGCUUAUUUUAAAAAAUAGUAAUAAAAUAAAGGCAAAUAAUUAAGCAUUUCUCUCACUUAAACUACUAACAGUCAACUAGUAGCUAAGGGAAGUUUCUUUUUCUUUUAAAAAAAAUAAUUAUAAACUUAUAGGAAGUUGAAAAAAAAUGCAAAAAGGUCCUAUGUAUACUGCACCCAGUAGUAAAGUCUUGCACAAAUACACAACAGUAUCUCAACCAGAAAACUGACAUUGGUACAAGCCACAGACCUUGUUCAAACUGUAUCUGUUUUACAUGUACUGUGCAACAGGGUGUGUGUGUGUGUUUAGUUCUAUACAAUUUUAUCACAUGUGGAAGGUCAUACCACCACAAAGAAGUUUUUUUUAUAGAAGUAUUCUGGUCGCAAGGGAAUACUACAAUUGGAAUAUCUGCAUUUUGCAACUUCCAAUGAAAUGACCGAUCGAAGCCCCAAACAACAGUUCUAAUGGCUGUUAACUACCCCAAAGGCAGAGAAUGCAACGUCACGUGCCUCCUGACAAAGGAACUAAACAUCUAUGACUUACUCUCAUUCCCCAAAAAUCAAACCUAAGUCUGAGCAAGCCUCAAAAGGCAACUACCAUGUGAUGUACCACAGGGACAGAAUGAAGGACAAAAACCACAGGGUUUUUGCAGAAAAGAAAGUUUAACAAAAUUCAACACACUUUUAAAUUUUAAAAUUUUAUUUUAUUUUUUUUUUUGACAGAGAGAGAGAUCACAAGUAGGCAGAGAGGCAGGUGGGGGGUGGGGGAGCCGGCUCCCCGCUGAACCUAAUGUAGAGAGUAGAGAACCCGAUGUGGGACUCCAUCCCAGGACCCUGAGAUCAUGACCUGAACCGAAGGCAGAGGCUUAACCCACUGAGCCACCCAGGCGCCCCAGCACACUUUUAUGAUAAAGACACUCAACAUACUGGGCACAGAAAGAAAUUACCUCAACAUAAUAAAGGCCCAUAUGAAAAUAUAUGGGCUACAGCAAACAUCAUACUCACUGGUGAGAGACUGGAAGCUCCUCCUCCAGGAUCAGGAACAAAGCAAGGAUGCCCACUCUUGCUACUUGAAUUCAACACAGUAUUAGCAGUCUCAGCCAGAGCAAUUAGGCAAGAAAAGGAAACAAAAGGCAUCCAAACUGGAAAGAAAGAAGUAAAAUUGUAUCUGUUCUCAGAUAACAUGAUCUUAUAUGUAGAAAACUCUAAAGAUUUCACACACACACACACGCACAUGUACACGCACACGCACACACACACACACACACACAAAACUCUGUUAGAACUAAUAAAUGUGGGCGCCUGGGUGGCUCAGUGGGUUAAGCCUCUGCCUUCGGCUCGGAUCAUGAUCUCAAGGUCCUGGGAUCGAGUUCCGCCUAAGGCUCUCUGCUCAGUGGGGAGCUUGCUUCCUCCUCUCUCUCUGCCUGCCUCUCUGCCUACUUGUGAUCUCUGUCUGUCAAAUAAAUAAAUAAAAUCUUUAAAAACAAAGAACUAAUAAAUGAAUUCAAGUUGCAGGAUACAAAAUUAACACAUAAAAAAUCAGCUACCAUUUAUCCAUACACAAACAAUGAGCAAUUUGAAAAGGAAAUUGUGAAAACAAUUCCACUCACAAUAGCAUCAACAAGAAUAAAAUACUUGGAAAUAAACCAAGGAAGCAAAAGACUUGUACACUGAAAACAUUACUGGAAGAAAUUAAAGACACAAAUAAAGGCAAAGACAUCCUGUGUUCAUGGGUUGGAAGACUUAAUAUCGUAACAAUGUCCAUUCAACCCAUAGCAAUCUGCCGAUUCAAUGCAAUUCCUAUCAAAAUCUCAAUGGCAAUUUUAUAGAAAUAGAAAAAAAAAAGUCCUAACAUUUAUAUUGGAUCUCAAAGGCCCCUGAAUAGUUGAAACAAUCUUUAAAAAGACAAUGUUUGACUCCUCACACUUCCUGAUUUCAAAACAUGUUACACACAAAGCUACAAUCAUCAAAAUACUAUCGGACUGGCAUAAAGGUAGAUGUACAGACCAGUGGAACAGAAUAGAGUCAGACGUAAACCCUCACGUAUGCGGCCAAAUGGGCUUCAACAGAACACACAGUAGGGUUCAGACAGCCUCAACAGACAGUGGUGGGGAAACGGGAUAUCCGAACACAAGAAAGUGAAGUUAGACCCUUCCCUUAAGACGUAUAUAAAACUUAACUCACAAAUGGACUAAAGGCCUAAAUGUAAGACCUAAAACUAUAAAAGUCCUAGCAGAAAACAGGGGGAAAUGCCUGACAUAGGAUUUGGCAAAGAUUUAUUAGACAUGAUGCCCAAAGCACGGGAAACAAAAGCAAAAGCAGAGCAAACCAGCAGCACCUCAAAGCCCCCUAGGCCUCGAAGGUGGCCUCACCCACGCCUCCCAGCCCCCACCCCACUCGAGUCGCUUUCCCAUCCCUCCACCUGCCUCGGCCUCGGUAAGGGGUUCCCCAAGGCCCCCAAAGGUUGGCCCGAAGCCGAAGGCUGUCCAGCCACAGGGACUUCUCGGAAACAAGGUGUUCUCCUGUGAGUGAAUUUCAGUUUCUCUUUCCUUCUGGCCAGGUCCGGGGAAGGGACCUGCGGGCUCCCCUGUCUCUGCGCCUGGGUGGCCUCACCCAGACCCACGUGCUCACCUGGGAAAGGACUGGCCCCGCCCACGAGCGCCUUUCCCAUGCAAGUGGAGAUUCCAAUUUCCACUUGCCUUUUCCCUUUACCUACAUCAGCAGGGGCUGCCCAGGCAGCCUGGCUAAAAGCAGAGCCAUGCAGUGGGGAAAGCAGUGGGGAUCUGGCCAUGGCGACAGCGUGGGUCCUGGUGCUGGUGACCUUGCUGCUGGGCUUGACUGGAGCGGGCUCUGUCCCUACUUCCAAUCCCACCUCAACCAGGAGGGGCUGCCUCAUGAGCAGGUUCCAGUCUCUGUCACCGAGCGAGCUGAAAGCCAUCAGGAAGGCCAAGGAUGCCCUAGAAAAUGCGCUCUCGCUGAAGAACUGGAGCUGCGGCUCUUGCCUCUUCCCUCAGGACAGGGACCUGAGAGUGCUGCAGGCCUGGGAGCGCCCCGUGGCCUUGGAGGCUGAGCUAGCCUUGACGCUGAAGGUCCUGGGGGCCAUGGCUGACUCGUCCCUGGGGGUCGUCCUGGACCAGCCCCUCCGCCUGCUGCGCCACGUGCACUCGGAGCUCCAGGCUUGUGUCCCAGCUCUGCCCACAGCAGGACCCAGAGCCCGGGGCCUCCUCCACCACUGGCUGCACCGGCUCCAGAAGGCCCCAAAGGAGUCCCAGGGCUGCCUCGAGGCCUCCGUCACGUUCAACCUCCUCCGCCUCCUCACGUGGGACCUGAAGUGUGUUGCCAGCGGAGACAUGUGUGUCUAAGAACCCAGGGCCCCACGCUCAGCCCGCCUGGGACCCGGACCUUUCCUGGGCACAAAGCCUCACCCCUGCCUUAAGUUAUUUCCUCUCAACCCCUUAUUUAUGCAGCCCUGAUCCAUACUCAUGAGAUGUUUAUUUUUCUACUUUUGUACAACGUGCAGCAAAUAAACAGGAAUGGGGGGAAAAAAUAAAGCGCCACUACUCCGGAGACUGAGAAAACAGAGGAACGCGUCAAACAACAGCGCGGCUGCAAUCAGCAGAAUGCAGGCUCGGGCAAGCUCGGAAGGACUAGAAAUCCAGCUUAACAAAAACAUCUCAAGGAGAAAAAAAAUGAGGAAGAUGGUGUCCCUACACUCUACAAGGACAGCCUUCAGGGUAAACGUGAUUUAAAGAUCUAUCCACCAUUGCGAUGUGGAGACCUUAUUUGAGCCCUGAUAUGGUUUCUAAAACAUGGAUUUCUAGGACAACUGGAUUUCAGAACUCUGAUUGCAUACCGAUACGGUGCACUGAAAGUCCUUGUCUUGGGGAGUCAGGCUCAGUCAGAAGAGCAUGGUGAUUCUUGAUCGGGGUCGUGAGUUCAAGCCCUGCGUUGGAU